AAAAAUUAUAGUGGCUGAGAUUGUUCCUUGGUGUAGUUUCUUCUGGUGUUAAAGGUCUCACCGAAACUUGGAGUUCGCGCUUCUCUCUGCUUUUACUUCUGCUUCUUCUUCUUCUUCUUCUUCUUCUUCUCUUCAGUUCUCUCUCGACACAGAGUUUGCCGUUUCCUUUCCCCCCUAAUUUCCGAUCCACCAUUGCCUGAAACAGCGAGUUCUCCAUUGAGCUCAGUGCGUGCAUGAUCACGAACUCUAUCAGUACUUCUACAGCUUUACUUCACCAUGGCUUUCUCUCAAGGAAUUGGAGUCCAUGCGUUCGUUUUGGUGAGGAUUCUGAAUAAAGGAAUUUUCUUUUAAGUUGUAGCGGAGAAGCGUGUCUCUCUCUAUCUGUUCUGGUGGAUUCUUUUAUGUUCUUGAAUGAUUUAUCAUACAUGCAUUCUACGUUUAUACUAUUAGUAAUAUUAGAAGUAUAUUUAUGCAUAUACGUAGAAGUAUAACUACAUACAUACGGAUUAAACAGAGAGACGGAUCUCUAUCGAUUGUUGUUUUUUGUGUCUGUGUGUUUGCAGUAGUAUUGAAUAAUCUGAUUUUGUGAAGUUGAAAUAAAACGACGGCUUUAUUUGUAGUAUUGAGUGUUGCAAGAAAUGAAGGGAGAUUUCUUUUUUAUCCCUUGCUCGUUAGAGAGGAUUUGAAGCAGCGUUGGCUGCCUAAGGUCCACUAAUGGAAAUAUUCUCUUCUGGGGAAGACUUGGUUAUUAAGACAAGGAAACCAUAUACAAUUACCAAGCAACGAGAAAGAUGGACAGAGGAGGAGCAUAGCAGGUUCCUAGAGGCCUUGAAGCUCUAUGGACGAGCUUGGCAGCGAAUUGAAGAACAUAUUGGUACAAAGACUGUCGUUCAGAUCAGAAGUCAUGCACAGAAGUUCUUUUCAAAGUUGGAGAAGGAGGCUGUUGUUAAAGGUGUUCCAAUAGGACAAGCACUUGACAUUGACAUUCCACCACCACGUCCCAAAAGGAAACCAAGCAAUCCUUAUCCUCGAAAGAUAGGCGUGGGUCCUCCCGCAUCACAGGUGGGAGCAAAGGAUGGAAAGCUUUUAACUUCAGCUUCUUUUCCGUGUUGUAAGCAGGUUUUAGGCUUGGAGAAAGAACCACUUCCUGAGAAACUUAAUGGAGAUGAGAGGCCAACCAAUGCUAAGGAAAAUCAGGAUGACAAUUGCUCAGAAGUAUUUUCCCUUCUCCAAGAACCUCACUGUUCUUCUGUACCUUCAAUCAACAAGAAUUCUGUACCAACACUAGAUAUUCUCAAAAAGGCUAGCCCUUUCAGGGAGUUCGUAUCUUCACCGAAGGAGGGAAAUCAUGAUGCAAGUAAUCAAUCCUCUGUCACCGUCGAGCUUGGAGCAAAUCAAAAGUUGGACAACUCUGAUGUCAAACAGGAUAACAGCACUAAUGGGAUGCAAGCCAUGCAGAACUAUCCAAGGCAUGUCCCUGUGCAUGUUCUAGAUGGGAGCCUGGGAACAUGUAUGCAAACUCCUCCCUCAGAUUUUUCGUUUCAGGAAUCCAUGUUUCAUCCAAUAGGAGAAAUUCCAGCAUGUCCUAAUUUAUAUUCACAUCCUGCUGCAUCCAAAACCACUGAUCAUCCAAAUAUUUCACCGAGAUCCUCUAUGCAUCAAUCAUUUCCAAGUUUUCCUCCUCCCUUUACCCCAACUCAUCAUAAUCAAGAUGACUACAGAUCUUUCCUCCACAUAUCCUCCACAUUUUCAAGCCUCGUUGUAUCUUCUCUGCUACAAAACCCGGCAGCCCAUGCUGCAGCAAGCUUUGCAUCUACCUUUUGGCCCUAUGGAAAUGUGGAGAGUUCUGCGGAUUCUCCAGCAUGUGCCCAAGGAGGUUUCCAAUCCAGGCAAUUGAACUCUGCUCCUAGUAUGGCAGCUAUUGUUGCUGCUACAGUGGCAGCAGCAACCGCAUGGUGGACAGCGCAUGGACUACUUCCCAUGUGUGCCCCUCUUCAUACCUCGUUUGCCUGCCCUCCUGCAUCUGCAACUGCAAUUCAGUCUGUGGAUACUGGUCAAGUUUCUGCAACCAAGACAGAAAGGAAGGAAACAGCUGAAAAUCCUUCUUUGCAGGGACAAAUACAGGGCCCAGAGCACACUGAAGCAUUGCAAGCUCAAAACUCAGCAUCUAAAUCACCAAAGAUAACAUCAUCAGACUCUGAAGAGAGCGGAGGCCCAAAGCUAAAUACUGGACCAGAAGUUAUUGAUCAUGAGUUGACUACAAAACCUCACGAGGUCCAGGAUUCAAGCAAAACAAAGAGCAGAAAACUGAUUGACCGUUCUUCAUGUGGUUCAAACACACCUUCUAGCAGUGAAAUAGAGACAGAUGCAUUAGAGAAGGCUGAGAAAGGCACGGAAGAGCCAAAAGAAGAUGAUGCAAAUCAUCCAGCUUCCGAAUCUAGCUCUCGCCACAGCAGAAGCAGUAGCAGCAUGAAUGAUUCAUGGAAAGAGGUCUCCGAAGAGGGGCGGCUGGCAUUUCAAGCACUCUUCGCUAGAGAGGUAUUGCCCCAGAGCUUCUCACCUCCACAUGAUCUGAAGAGUAAGAUGCACCAGAAUGAAGAUGCUGGAGAAAAGAAAGAUGCAGAUGAGAAAGAUGGAGAUGCAUCACUGAUAAAUCUCAACAGUAAAACGUGGGAGUGCUGCUCUGGUCAUCAAGAAGGGGAGAAAAAUGCUUUGUCUAGAUGUGAAAACUAUGGGGAGGAGGAGCUGCUGACGAUUGGGCUUGGACAUGGAAAGCUUAAGGUUCGUCGAACCGGAUUUAAACCUUACAAAAGGUGUUCACUGGAGGCCAAAGAAAGCAGGACCGGAACCGGCAGCGGCCAGGGCGAGGAGAAAGGCCCCAAGAGGUUACGUUUGGAAGGAGAAGCUUCAGUUUGAUACUUGAUAUUGCUUGCUUGAAUAAGGGAAAACCUUUGUUUUUGCAUGUAAUUUAUAAUAUCCUCGCUUGCCUAUCAUUCCUUUUAUGUUUAAAUUAGAGUAUCUGCAACCCACAAGACUUGUCGUGUAAGUGUGUGUACUAUAUGUCGACAUUGGCUUAUUUACUUUCUUGAACCCAUUACCGCA